AUGACGGUCCUGCCCCCUCAGCGGCUUCGUGAGUGGUACUCUGGGCUCUGUCGGGGUACUGCUGGGGCUUCUGGAGGUGCUGCUGGUGCUGGUGCUGGAGGUGCUGCUGGGGCUUCUGGAGGUGCUGCUAGUGCUGGUGCUGCUGGAGGUGCUGCUGGUGCUGGAGGUGCUGCUGGAGCUUCUGGAGGUGCUGCUGGUGCUGCUGGUGCUGCUGGAGGUGCUGCUGGUGCUGGAGGUGCUGCUGGGGCUUCUGGAGGUGCUGCUGGUGCUGGUGCUACUGGAGGUGCUGCUGGAGCUUCUGGAGGUGCUGCUGGUGCUGGUGGUGCUGGAGGUGCUGCUGGAGGUGCUGCUGCUGCUGGAGCUGCUGGAGGUGCUGGAGGUGCUGCUGGGACUGGAGACCCUGGGGCUGAGGGUACCGGUCCUGUUUCUGCUGUUUCUGGAGGCGCUACGCGGCCACGGCCGUACUACGUUCCGCUCCUUCAGCAGGUUCUUAGCUCACCGCCUUCUCCUGGUCCUCCUCCUUUCCUGAGUCCGCCGCCUGUCCGGUCCCAGUCACAGUUGCAGCCGGCCUCUCCGCUGCCUGGUCCUUACUGUGGACCGACUGGAGGACUUACGGAGCGUCGUGAGCCUGAGUCUCGUCCUGUGUCGCCUGCGUCUCAUGCUGCGUCGCCUGUCCGUACUGUUCGCGCUGGUCGUGUUUCACGUCCGCGUCUCCCUCCUGUCCCAGGCACUCACUUUAUGACUCUGCGUCCUUCUACUGCUCCACAGCGUGUCCCUCUGCCGUCUCCUCCUGCGUCCUCUCUUCUUGCCAGUCCGGACCCGGAGUCUGACUCCCUUCGUGCUGCUAGUCCAGCUGUCACGCGCUUUCUGGCCACUGCUGUCACUGACCCUCUGUUUGAGUCCUCUGCUGCGUCUGCUCUUGUCACUGAGCUUGUUGACAUUGCUGCUGCCUGUCGCCUAGACUACGCUGCUAGUCUGGUUGCUGCGUCUGUGUCUGUCUGUCCUCCGUCCGUCGGGGGUGAGUUUGCUCUUAGCACGGACGUUCUUGAGGACAGACAGGAGGAGUUUGAGUGCUUUGCUGCUUCUGUACCUCAUCUCGUUGCUACCUAG